UCAGGUUCACAAAAACACAUCAUUUACCUCGGAGUGGUACUGCAUUUAUAUUCUGUUUUGUGGACCAGGUUCCAUGGACUACACUCUUCAGAGAUUUCCAUCAUGUUCACAUUUGACUUAAUGUAUGGCGCAAACACCCCGGCCAAAAAGAUCUUAGGUCCUUCAGACUCUGUCCCAACACUCCUGGAUCGCACCUCUGCGCUUGUCACAGCCUCCUCGCAUAUGACCCGUGCCUGUUUGAACAUUGUGCCUCGGGAUCUGUACGACGUCCUACUCGGACAUGCCUGCAGUGCUCUGCUGACCUACAAGCCUGGAGCCCCGGGUCUCUGUUUGACGAGCAUAGUCCGUAGAUGGCCAGACUCCACCUUGAAGCUGAUGGCAACGUUGACGAGACACAGACUGACUUUGAGUAGUGAGAAGAAGACAACUGAAAUGAUAAUGCACAUUGUGGCUGGCGUAUGUGAUCCGGAUGGUCUGUCAAGACUUGGUGUGCUGGAUAUUUCUGAUAUUCCUCUAAGUGGAGAAACUUGCCUUGCUGCUCUUCAAAAGAUAAUGGAUUCCCCAGUCAAGAGGGUACACACCGUUGUAAUAGACUUAUCCAUCAACUCUGAAAACUACUCUCAGAUCAAAAGCCUUCUGAAAAAACACAGCAACCUGAGAAUACAUUGUCGUCGUUUGCUCAUGAAGUCCUUAGGCAGUGAUCGCAUGGCAAAAGUCUUUAAACUUAUACAACCAGAUAUUGCAAUUGGUUUGAACAUGGACUUCAAUCGACUGGAGAACCAGGGACUCCUAGGCGUAGUUCCAGCUCUGAGUAGGUUCUCCAACAUCCAAGCCCUGAGUCUAACAUACAAUUUAAUCAAUACAACAAGAGACCUUGACAUUGCUCAACUCACAGCGAGGGCCUUCUCUAACUUGACGAGUCUACAGAGACUUGGUAUGAGCCAGAAUGUCUUGACUGGGUCACUGAGGGUGCUCCUUGAGCCCUUCACCAAGCCGCUUUCAUGCCUGUAUCUGUGCGAAUGUAGACUAUCACCAGCGGAUAUUUCAUAUCUUGCCCACUCCAUUCAUGCAAAGAAUUUAAAGGAACUUGUUAUCAGCUCCAACAAUCUAAAGCUUGAAGCACUCUCCCUUGAGACACUCCUGUGUAACGCCGGUGACACGCUGGAAUAUCUAGGGAUUGAUCGUACGCACCUUCGCCACAUAGAAUCUCCAGUCGGUGCAUGGUGGGGGCGCGUUAGCCACAAACUGAAGAAACUGGUUGCAGUAACGAUGCGCAAUAAUAACUUCAACUCCCACGACCAGAUCGCAAUACUUCAAACUCUCGCCAAGAACAUCCACACAUUAGUGUAUGUAGGUGUUUGCAUGGUGUAUGAACCAGUCAUUCUCGAUGAUGAUGAUUUCUUUGAUGAGUGGGACGAGAGUAAUGACCGCGUGAAUAGAUUCUUUGAACUUUACUACGAAGGCAGAAAGGAAGCAGAGGCUAAAGAUUCCAGCAAGAGCCGCUCAUUGAUUGUUCAUGAUGUUGACGAUGUAUACCAGAGAGAUGCCUUGAUAUUCAUUCAUAAUCUUGAAAGUGAACAGACGUAGAGCGAACAAUAGCCAUACAACAAACUUUAAUCCAUCAGAAUCCAACAGCAGACAUUAAUGAUCACCUAAAGACACUGGUCACUAUUGGUAAUUGUCAAAGACUAGUCUUCACAGUGGGUGUAUCUCAACAUAUGUAUAAAUUA